UUAAAACUAUGUAUCCCAUGAAGCACCGCGGUGAGGCAGCCGGCAUCCGGGCCCCGAAGAAGAAAAUUCAUGUUAAACACUAGUGGGUCAUUUGGAGCAACAGUCGGUUACUGAACGGACGCAGGCGACGUGUCAUAAUAUAACUUGUAAAGAACAACAGAAAAUCAUGCUGCUUCGUAAAGUGAGCCAGUCCUCCGCACUGUGCGGUACAAUUCUCAGGAUCCCUCCCGUGCUGUCUGGAGGUCAGCGUCAUGCCGGGGCUGUGAUUGCUGUGCAAAACGGUCGUUUAUACGCAAACCAAGCUGCACAGGCGGUGCUGGAGAAGCCAGCAGCAGUCGGCAGUGACGCUGCAACUAAAGUGGAAAAGACGACAGUUGCUGCUGAAUCCAAAUCAUUUGCUGUCAACAUUUUCAAGGGGCAGAUCCAGACUGCCCAAGUGUUUCCCUACCCCUCAGCCCUGAAUGAGGAGCAGGAGCAGUUUCUUCGAGAGCUCGUGGGGCCUGUCAGCAAAUUUUUUGAGGAGGUAAAUGAUCCUGCUAAGAACGAUGUCUUGGAGAAGGUAGAAGAUCACACCAUGCAGGGCCUGAAGGAGAUGGGUGCCUUUGGCCUGCAGGUGCCAGUUGACCACGGCGGCCUCGGCCUCUCAAACACACAGUACGCCCGGCUGGUUGAGAUCGUUGGCAGUCAUGACCUGGGCGUUGGCAUCACUCUGGGUGCCCACCAGUCCAUUGGCUUCAAGGGCAUUCUGCUUUUUGGAAAUCCAGCCCAGAAGGAGAAGUACCUGCCUAAACUGGCCACAGGUGAGCAUGUAGCCGCCUUCUGCCUAACUGAACCAGCCAGUGGCUCUGAUGCUGCCUCCAUCAAGACCACAGCUGUUCAGUCCCCCUGCGGAAAGUACUUCACUCUCAGUGGAAGCAAGAUCUGGAUCAGCAAUGGAGGUCUGGCUGAGAUCUUCACAGUGUUCGCCAAGACACCCAUGAAGGAUCCCAAGACCGGGGAAAUGAAGGACAAGAUCUCGGCCUUCAUCGUGGAGAGGAGCUUUGGAGGAGUGACACAUGGCCCUCCAGAGAAGAAAAUGGGCAUCAAGGCGUCCAACACAGCCGAGGUGUAUUUUGAUAAUGUGCGUGUGCCAGCCGACUGCGUGCUAGGUGAGGUGGGCGGAGGUUUCAAGGUGGCCAUGAACAUCCUGAAUAAUGGCCGUUUUGGCAUGGCGGCCGCCCUCUCUGGCACCAUGAAGGGAGUCAUCACCAAGGCUGUGGAUCAUGCAGCCAACAGAACCCAGUUUGGGAACAAGAUCCACAACUAUGGAGCCAUCCAGGAGAAGAUGGCUCGCAUGACCAUGCUGCAAUAUGUCACCGAGUCAAUGGCUUACAUGAUCAGCGGCAACAUGGACAGUGGAGCAACUGAAUUCCAGAUAGAAGCUGCCAUCAGCAAGAUCUUUGCCUCUGAAGCAGCAUGGACUGUGACUGACGAGUGUAUUCAAGUUAUGGGUGGCAUGGGUUUCAUGAAGGACUCUGGAGUGGAGAGAGUGAUGAGGGAUCUGAGAAUCUUCCGAAUCUUCGAGGGCACCAAUGACAUCCUGAGGCUCUUUGUGGCCCUCAAUGGCUUCCAGAAUGCUGGUAACCAGUUGAAGAGCUUGCAGAAGGCCCUGAAGAACCCCCUUGGCAACGCUGGGUUGCUCGCAGGAGAACUCACAAAGAGAGCCAAAAGGAAGGCAGGUUUGGGCACAGGUCUGACACUGCAGGGAACUGUACAUCCUGAGCUGGCACAUAGCGGUGAACUGACCAUUAAGGCCAUUGAACAGUUCGGAGCGGUCAUUGAGGAGCUGCUGAUCAAACAUGGAAAGAAGAUCAUUGAUGAACAGUUUGUUCUGAAGAGAGUUGCAGACAGUGCCAUUGACCUCUACGCUAUGGUGGUUGUUCUGUCCAGGGCUUCACGCUCUCUGAGUCAGGGCUCUGCCUCAGCUCAGCAUGAGAAGAUGCUGUGUGAGACCUGGUGUAUGGAGGCGUAUGAGAGGAUCAUGCGAGACAUCAAGUCUCUGCGCUCCAGUGAGUCCAGACAGCUCUUCAAGAACAUGCGGGCCAUCUCUACAGCCGUGGUGGAGAACGGAGGAGUGGUGGCUCCUCACCCUCUGGGUUUCUAAACGCCCCACACUCCCCUGUAUCUUCAUGUCUGUUUGUUUUGGUUUUUUUUUCCACUCUUCUGCAUCUCUAACCAGGUUCAGGGUCAUGUAUGCCAGUUCCUCUCACACUUGAUCAACUUUGUUACCGCCAUCAUUGCUCCAUCACACAUCGGUGUGUAAGCUUUUAUGUACUGAGUUGCAUCUACAACCAAGGGCUGAAUGAUUCAUAGUUUUUAUACAGAAAUUACACGUUGAAACUUAUUGCUCCGUCAUACAUGGUGUCUUUUUUCAGGUACUUAUUUAUUUAAUACUGACUCACAACCUCUAGACUUUGUGCUGGAGGUCUCAAUUGGCGUUUUAAUUUAUGGGAAAUAAAAAAAAUUUAAAGUGGUCAAUAGGACAGAAAAAUCACACUAUUUCUACAAAUCAUUCAGCCCUACUACCGCCUGCAUCUAAAACAGCUGAUGACUGAAUGUCUCGAAUGUGUGCAUGGAGCUUUUAAAUUUACCUUAUCUCAGCCUUCAUGACUGUAGCUGAUUGAAUGAUCUCCUCAUUUAAUCUCUUGAAACAUUAAGUUAUGGUGUUAUUUUUGUCUGUUGAUGAAAAAUGAAUACGUCAAUGCAACUUUGAGGCCAGUUAACAGAGGAAGCUUUGAAAUACUCUGUUUAAGUGAUUUCAUUUAUACGCAAAGGUAUUUUAAAAGACUUCGAUACUUACCCACAUUGUGUUCAAAUGUAUAUAAUGGCGUGUGUGUGUAUAUGUACUUUAAUGCCUUUCUGCAUGGUAAUUAAGCUCACUCUGUGCUCAUCACAGAAACAUUGUGAAACAUGUCUGGAGCAAAAAACCUUUUGCCUUAGAAGCCGGUCCACAGAUGCUGUUCGAAGUUCCUGUUGUGACUUGAGUCAAACACAGAGCUUUCAUGUUUAAAAAAAUAUAUAAAAAAAAUAAAAGUGUAGGUCAGCUUCAUUCUUUACACUUGAAUGGCCAUCGCAUUAACUUCCAAAGUGCAAGUGUUUAUUUUCUCAGCUAAAAGUAGCAGGCAUCAUUAACUGUAGUUGUUGGAAGGUAACCACUGCAUACCUGGAUUUAAGAUAUUUUUAAGAAAUACUUUCUUGUACAAUAAAUGCACAUAAUCUGCUGUAUCAAAGUGUGUUCACGCAUUCAUAACACUUAAAUUAAGUCUGCACGUUCUUGCCUUUCCAUUAACUUGUACAUCAAGCAAUACUGCUGAGAAGUAAAAAAUGUGCAGUGUGUUAUUCAAUAACAGAUAUGAUCACAUGCCUGGAAAGAAAUCACCUUAUCUAAAAAUACCUCUGAAGGUGCGAGACCUUUGUCUCAACUGUUGUAGUGGAGUUGGAUUGAUUGUGCAGACCUUUUUAUGUUUAAGCACACUUACCUGUUGGGAUUAAUGAAUAAAGUGUCUGUGUCUGUCUA